AUGGGUAUCUCUCGCGACUCCCUGCACAAGCGCCGCCUGACGGGUGGGCGGCAGCCGGCCUGGAAGAAGGGGAAGAAGUACGAGCUCGGCCGGCAGCCGGCCAACACUCGGCUGUCGUCGAACGUGUGCGUGCGCACGGUGCGCGUCCGCGGCGGGAACCGCAAGUUCCGCGCCCUCCGCCUCGACUCGGGCAACUUCUCGUGGGGCUCCGAGGCGGUGACGCGCAAGACGCGCGUGCUGGACGUGGUGUACAACGCCUCGAACAACGAGCUGGUGCGCACGAAGACGCUGGUGAAGAACGCGAUCGUCGCCGUGGACGCCACCCCUUUCAAGCAGUGGUAUGCCACGCACUACGGCGUCGGGCUGGGCAAGGGCGCGGAGAACGACACGUCGAAGAAGUCCAACCACGUGACGCGGAAGCUCAAGGACCGCAACAGGCACCGCAAGCUCGACCCCGCGCUGUCGAGCCAGUUUGACGUCGGGCGCCUCUACGCCUGCAUCUCGUCGCGGCCGGGGCAGUGCGGGCGGUGCGACGGCUACGUGCUCGAGGGCAAGGAGCUCGAGUUCUACCUGAAGAAGAUGCAGAAGAAGAAGGGCAAGAUGAACUGA